AUGUUAGGCUUGUUUCUUGUAAUAAUUGCCGGGGUUCAGGGUGUCCUUGGGAUCUAUGGUGGAUGUAUGAGAUAUACAACUAUUGUUGAGCCUUCUGGUCAUCUGAAGGUGAAAGUUUUCUUCUUAAAUGGAUGGAAAAUUGGAGAAGGUCCAUGUCAGAACUGCACAACUGGUGAUAUAGGAACAGAAGUCACAGACAAAAGAAAACGUAUAAUCCAACAGGCCAAUGAUUCAGAAAUAUUUGGGAAAUGGACAAUUGAAAGGGACUAUCCUUAUCAAGAUAUUGAUAAAACACAAGAAAUAAACAGUGUUUCUAGAAGUUUUGUGAUGCUUGUUAGUGAACGAGAUGGUUGGGAAAUGGAAAGUUCAAUCGUAUCUUUGGAGAUUGAUUUCACAAGUGAGACAUUUGACAUCGAGUUUGAUGGCACAAUAGAUGAUGUAAUGACACUUUUACCAAGGACCCGGCAUAUUCAUCUCCAGGUAAAAGUUAAUCCUGGUAUAAGAAAUGAUACGAACAGACCAAACAGAAGUCCUGAGGUUCUUGUAAAACCUUUCUACAGUUUGGAGUUAGGGAAGAUCUACACGAUACAUUUAACAUCUAUCGACAAUGAUGGAGAUGCAAUACGUUGUGAAAUAUCCCAUUUCAUCGAAAGUUUAACGAUUGGACCAUUUAUAUUAGCUUUAAGGCGGCAAGGCCUCUUCUCUCUUGAUAGCUAUAAAUGUCAGAUGAACAUCACUGUCAAUUCAACCUAUUUCCAUGAAGAUGAUACAUGGGCUGCUGCAGUAACUUUAAAGGACUACAAUAAAUAUCCUAUAGAGAUGACAAAUCCAGCCAUGCAUUAUUUAAACCUCCCAUACACAAAUACCAUCGGAAGAGUUGUUGUCCUGAUGUAUUUUAAAAUAACAGGAAGAACUGAUCCACCUGAGUUUAUACCACCGACUCCAGCAAACAAUCAGGGUUACACUGUUUUUGUUGGAGGGGACUUUCACGCUAGGUUUUUUGCAAAGAGUUCACAUAAAAGGAAAAUAGUACGCUUCGAUGUAUUGAGAAUUGAUGGAAGACGUGUUAACUACACUAAAAUUCAAGAUGCAUCACACAUCAGUACUAAUGCUGUCUUUAUAUCAGUGAGCUGGUUGCUAACAGAAAAGGACAUAGGACACCACAUUCUGUGUGCAAAUGCUGAGGAUGAUGACGGGAGAAUGACUGUAGAUUUGCACUGCUUUCGCAUCCUAAUCAAAGGAAUUGCAUUUCAACCAAGACAAGCUUUACAAGGGAAGCCGUUCUUUGUUUUCUUUCCUGAUUCAAAGGAUCUAACGUGUAAAAAAGAAACAUACUGCAGAUUUCCUGUGUAUGCCACCACUACAGAUUCGGGGGGAAUCAGAAGCGUUGUUAGCACAGCAGAGAGCAUGGAGAAUGUCACGAUUCAGUACAGCAGGGAACUCAUAAACGGAACAAUCGACACAAAAGUGGCACAAGUAGAAUUCCUUGCAAGUCACGCUGGUCCCCGGAAAGUUUGUUUAAAAGUAUCUGAUCGCAAAGCUUUUUCAACAAUGUGUGUUAAUGUUACAGUGGAAUUACCAGAUCCCUGCGCUUCUGAACCGUGUCAAAAUUCUGGACGCUGUCUGCCUUUUCAUGACUAUUCCGGGUUUAACUGCGUCUGCACAGGACUGGGAUUUACUGGGUCAUUUUGUGAAAAAAGGAUAGAUGUUUGUGCUUCAUACCCAUGUGGAUUUGGCAAUACUUGCGUUUCGGUUCCAGUUUAUCCAUAUUUCUUUUGCCUCUGUCAAUAUGGAAAAGCAGGCAAUUUGUGUGAAAAAGAGUUUUCUGAAAAUUGUGUAAGCUCGUCCAAAUGCAGAAAUGAUGCGUGGUGUUAUUCCAUUCGGAAUCUGACGGAAACAUGUAUCUGUCGAUUGGGAUUUCAUGGAACAAAUUGUUCUGAUGAUAGAGAUAACCGCACAAAUUUAAGUUACAUUGAGAACAAAUUUACAGAUAGUGUACUUCCGAAAACCGCCAUUUGUUAUAUUUCCCUGCCUUGUCCUAUUCCGUUCACGGUAACGGGACAUACCAGUAGCAAGCCUUUAAUUGUUCCUGGAUUUAUAACAUCUUCAUUAAAAAUCACAAGAAUAGACCUCCAGAACUCUGAGUCCUCUGGCAGGAUUAUCCAUGGUAUUGCUGAAGUCAUAGGUUCUUCCUUAGGAAAAGCAAAUCUCUGUUUAGAUUCCGUCGAAAAAUCGGAGUAUGUUAGAAUUCAAGAUGAAAUAUGUAUUGAGAUAGUUGUUCGUAAUGGCCAUUAUCACAAAGAUGUCAAGGUUUCCCCUCAGUUUUUAAAACCAACAUUUGAAGAUAAGUCUGUUUUUCAGUGUAACGUAGGUAAAUACUGCCAUUUGAACUUGUGGGCAAAGAAUGCUAUUACCGAAAGGAACUGCCCAAGCCUGAGCUCUGAUGUGGAUGUUGACAAAGGUGUUUUUAUCAUUUCUCCUAAAAAUCAAACAAUUUCUCCUUGCAUGUAUGAUGUUGUGUUUAAAAAGGAUAAGCCGUCGAACAUUUCCUGCUGCUUCACUUUGAUGGGGCAUGGAAGUCUACAAUUCAGGAAAAGAUGCUAUACAAUUCAGUUCUCUCCUAUUCUGAGUGUUAAAGGAUCCUGUGCCAAACAAUCCUGCUGCAACAACGGUUUUUGUGACGGCCAUAAAACAACGAGAGCAUGUUUAUGUCGUGCUGGGUUCUCCGGUGAAAGCUGUUCCUCAGAGACUAGCGUACCUCCGGCGAAUAAUGAAAUUAAUAUACAAUAUCCUUUGUUCGGCAACCUGUUGUUACCAAAACGGAUGAAUUGCACUUUGAAUGAAGAUUGUCAUGUUCAGAUUUUGGUAUCAGAAAGAACUGGGUUCUACGUUACCACAAGCACAGAUCCUUCAAGUAUAGAGGUUAAGGAAAUAAACGAAACAAGGUUGUCUGGAGACUACUUAGUCACAGUGAUAGUUAUCCCAAAGAAAAACGGUUCCCACCAGCUCUGCGUAAAUGUUUCUCCUGAUGCAUAUAGCAAUGAAACAGACAAAGUCUGCUUUAGUAUUUCAUCACUAUCCCCAGAUUCUGACUCAGGUGACAUAUGCAUCGACGUCAGUGUGGAUGACUGCCAUAAUCCACCAGCUCUUAAUAACAUUUGCUCAGAUCCAACCACGGCCGUCUUUUGCCGUGUUCCAUCUAAGGGCCUUCAUAACAUAGAAAAGCAAAUCUUUAUAAGGCCAUCCCCGACCAAUUCUUCUUCUUUCUCGUGUUCUCCGGGUUUGGAGUGUCACAUGUUACUUUACCUGAGGCAAAACAGCAAUAAUCGGUGCCCUGACGUCUCAGUUCUGCCGACUACUGAAAUUAUGGUACAUAUUUUCAACACUACUGACGAUAACGCUUGCUCUGUGGAUGUUCUCCUCAAAUCUUUAGGAGCACAUUCAGGGAAAAAAGUAGAGCUUUGUAUCGAGGCAACGAGUGAUGGAACUUCGGAGAUUAGAUGUUACGCUGUUGAGUACGAGGAGACACUGGUGACAGCUUACAUUGUUAAGACAACGCUCUCGAUGAUGGACUUGUGUCUACCGAACUUCCGAAGUGUCUGUCAGCUCUACUGUCCAACAGACUUUGCUCGUGCAGCAUUCCACUGCAACCACCGCAAAGACAAGUGCAAGGCAGCAACCAACCACAAAGACAAGUACAAGGCAACAACCAACCACAAAGACAAGUACAAGGCAACAACCAACCACAAAGACAAGUACAAGGCAGCAACCAACCACAAAGACAAGUACAAGGCAGCAACCAACCACAAAGACAAGUACAAGUACAAGGCAGCAACCAACCACAAAGACAAGUACAAGGCAACAACCAACCACAAAGACAAGUACAAGGCAGCAACCAACCACAAAGUCAAGUACAAGGCAACAACCAACCACAAAGACAAGUACAAGGCAGCAACCAACCACAAAGACAAGUACAAAGCAACAACUUAA